AUGGCGAAACAAGUUGUUGAAUCAUAUGAAACGUUGACACCAGGAGGUGAUGGUACUAGUUUUGUUCACCCAGGUGCUGAGAUGGGUGGAACAAGCAAGGAUGGAGCUGAGGAAUCAAUGAACAAGAAGCGACCUCGUGAGGAUGAUGAGAAUAGUAUGAUUCGUGUUGAGACACAGGUUCCAUCAGACAAUGAAGAUGAAAAAGCUGAUAGACUCACCAAUUCUCAAUGGCUAAAAAGAAUAUCUAAUAAGAAGUAUAUUUAUAUGAAGAGAAGUAGAAGAGAUGCUUCUAAGAGAAGUGGACUUGAGGGAGAUGAUAACAACGAUUCAGGGUCUUGUCAUAAUCUUGCUUCCAUAAGAGAUGAAACUGUACCUCUUCCAGAAAUAGAGCAAAGGAAUGAAGAUGGCGAUGAAACAGGACAAAAAGCAGGAAGGACGUUGGUCCUAAGCUUAUCUGAUGGAAACAACUUUUCAAGUCCUCCUCUUGACAUUGCUGUAUCACCACCAGAGACAAUGCAAAGUUGUGAUGAUGAGCUGGAUGUACAUGGAAACAAUGCAGACGAGAGUACUACGAUUGCUGAUGACAGCAUGGAACCAGACUAUUUGCUCCAUGAACCAGAUGGUGCCAUAGCAGGAGUUUAUGGGGAUAAAACAGAGACUAAUGAAAGCGGAAGCCAAGCAGCUGAGAUCAACAUUCCCAUUCCAUUUGAUGAAAACAAGUCUUCAGAUCCUCUUCUUGCCUCUGAAGGUGCUAGUGAAGACAGAAGAACAAAAGCACAUAAGAGUAUGGGCUUGAGCUCAUCUGAUAAGUCAAAUACACACCUCAACGUAGGGGAUCAAACUCUAGGACAAGACUAUUUGUCUCAGGAUAAUGGCCUCGGAAGUGAGGAGGAGACUAUGAGACCCAAGGAGCAGUUAGAGGAUUUAGAAAAGAGCAACGGUGGAGGUGGUAUUGGUAAUGACUCAGUUAAACAAAGUUUGCUUAACAUAGAAGAGAUGGCAAAGGAUAUUGAGGAGCGUAUUAUGAAAGCACAAAAAAAUGUGGCAUGGUUGAAAGCAAGGAAAGCUAUGAAACAGAGGAACAUCACAUCAGCUCGUUUGGGUAGAUAA